CUUAAUCAUCACUCUAUCUCAUAAAUUUUCAAAAAACUUUGAGCUCAAAUCUUUAUUUCUCUUCUUUCAAUUACAAGAUAAACCAAAACUCUCAGAAAACAGAGCAUGCAUUAAUAAUCUCUGUUUUUGAGCUCAAAUUUGUUCUCUUUCACUUUUUUUUCCAGAGAAAACAUGAACAAGAUUUUACCGGAAAUGAAAUCAACUCAGAAUUUGAUCUCUUCUUCACCACCACCACCAUUGAUACCUCUCAAAUCAAACACAAGCUUGUCAAAUUUAAACAGCAAAAUCACUCCAAAUAUUCUUCUAAUAAUCAUAAUCCUCUCGAUCAUCUUCUUCAUCUCUGGUCUUCUCCAUAUUCUUGUCAAAUUCCUCCUCACACCAUCAAGAGAAAGCAGAGAAGAUUACUUCGACAAUGUUACAGCUCUUCAAGGCCAGCUUCAACAACUCUUUAACCUCCAUGAUUCUGGCGUUGACCAAUCCUUAAUCGACACGUUACCUGUUUUUCAUUACAAGUCCAUUGUCGGUCUCAAAAUCUCUCCUUUUGAUUGUCCUGUUUGUCUCUGUGAGUUUGAAACAGAGGAUAAACUUAGACUCUUGCCUAAAUGCAGCCAUGCCUUUCACGUUGAGUGUAUCGACACGUGGCUUCUCUCUCACUCUACUUGUCCCUUGUGUAGAUCUAAUCUCCUCUCUGGUUUUUCGUCUCACCACAAUCUAAGCUCCUCGUAUCUACUUGUUCUUGAGAGUGAACAAAGCUCGAGAGAUAUGGUUCCUGUUCUUGAGUCUAACUCUCAACUAGGUUAUGAUGUGAACAAUGAUUCUGAGUCGACCCGGAUUAGGUCGGGUCGUAAAUCAUGUGACCCGGAUGGUGACAUGGAUGGUUUAGAUGAAAAGGUUGUUCCUUUAGAAGUUAAGUUAGGGAAGUUUAGGAACAUAGAUCAUGUUGGUGAAGGAAGUGACCAGAAGAAAAAUAGCAUAAGUGGUAAUAGUAAAAAUGUGGAUGGAAGGAGGUGUUUGUCAAUGGGAUCAUAUGAGUAUAUUAUGGAUCAAGAAGCUACACUUAAGGUUCAUGUUUCGACCAAGAAACUAUCCGGAAAAGACCGGGUGCCGAGCCACAGGACCGUUAUGUCCGAAUGCGGUUUUGAUCCAACAGUUAAGGGAAUUGAGAAGAGUGUUGUGGAGAGGGAGAGCUUUUCUUUAUCGAAAAUUUGGCUAAGGGGUAAAAAGGAGAAGCAAAAGGGGACUAGUGCUAGAGAUUCGGAUUGUUCUUUCGUGUCUUCCUCUUCACUCCGGUUUCCAAACCAUCGGAUUCCUCCCGAAGAGAGUCUUAAGAGCGAAAAUUCGGAAUCUUUGGAGACGAAAACGCCAUCUUUUGCUAGGAGGACCAUGCAUUGGCUUGCAGGGAGACAAAACAAGAUUGUUCAGCCUUCUACAUCCAAUGUCUAGGUUUUUAUUUUCUUUUGCUUAUUAAAUUUUUAUUUUUUUCUUUACAAUUGUGUUUGGAAAUUUUGUGUGUUUUCAUUAGAGAGAAAGUAGAUGAAUAGUGGGAGAUUAAUUAGAAAUGUAGGGUUCGUACUUCUUAGGCCCAUUGAAAAUUUGGUCGGUCUGCAAACAUUUUAGCCAUUGUUCUAAUCUCCUUACUUGAGCAGUUUAAACAAAGUUAAUGUAUCGCAAUCAUGUUAAUUACCAGAGUCUUUAUAUUAUGAAUUUAUGACUUUGUCUUGUAAGAAUUUG